AUGGAGAAGAAGAGGCAAUUUUACAAUACUAGUAGCAGUAAAGGCCAAAAGCUAGACUUGUUAUUUAUUUUUUGCUUCAACAUUAUCUCUGUGCAAUGCUUAGAAAAGAUCAGCAAGUACAACUCCAGCGACAGUGACCCUCCAUCACAAUCUGAGCCACCAGAAUUCAAUAAUAAGCUUAGGAGAAUUUCUCUGAGCAUUUUGUUUGGAGUCAUAGCAGGAUUGAUUUUUGCGCUUCUUGCUGCUUUUCUAAUAAGGUGCUUUAUCAGAUACAUUAACAGGAGCCCAAUCCUUAAAGGCCCUGUUGUGUUCUCUCCCAAAAUUCCUCCCAAGACUCUACAGUCAGCUCUUGCAAAUGAACCCCAGUUGCUAGGAUCAAGUCCCAACGGGAAGUACUACAAGACUGUACUGGACAAUGGCCUCACUGUUGCGGUCAAGCAGCUCGAGCCCUUUGAGAAUGUUUCUAUUGAAGCUCAGAGCAAGUCAGUCAAGAGAAGGAUACAGCAGGAGCUCGAAAUUCUUGCUAGCUUAAGGCAUUCGAAUUUGAUGAGUUUGAGGGCUUAUAUUCGUGAAUUCGAUAGGUUAGCAGAUUAUGGCUUGGCUAUGAUUAUUCCGAGUGUUGUUAGAGCAGCUUCAGGCUACAGUGCUCCAGAGUGCUAUCUGAAUGACAGGUAUACAGAUAAGAGUGAUGUGUUUAGCUUUGGGGCGAUCUUGGGUGUUCUAUUAACUGGUAAAGACCCAUUAGAUCCUUUUUUGGGGGAAGCAAAUUGUGGAGGAAGUUUGGGACAAUGGCUUGGUCGUCUGCAGCAAGCAGGGGAGGCUUCUGAAGCACUAGAUAAGAGUAUCCUCAGGGAAGAAAUUGAAGAAGAUGAAAUGUUAAUGGCUGUUAGAAUUGCUGUUGUAUGCCUAUCUGAUUUGCCUGCAGAUCGCCCUUCAAGUGACGAACUUGUGUCUAUGCUCACUCAAUUGAACAGUUUCUGA